GGCGAGGUACAGACACAGAGUAGGCGCCAACACUCGCCAUGACUAGCACCACGGGACCCGGGGAUGCGCUCAAGUUUGUGGCUUUCUCGAGCCUGGUGAAGGUUGAAUUCUGGACUGAACUCGCCACCAAGAAGCUGGACACGUACCGCCUCAACGACGACGCACAGCCGAUAUACGGGUUCUAUGGCUCCGGCCACGACGCCAGGGCACCUUGCCGCCUCAACCUACUGGGCGAAUCGUCUUUCGAUUCUCCGGACGACGAAGGGCGGCGGGCGGCGAGACCGGGGGCGCGGUUCGAAGAGUGCCGCGCCAUUGGCUACGUCAAGAACGUCAACACCAAGGAAGCCUUCAAGGAGCUCGACAAGCCCGCCGCGCUGGCGGCGAUCGCUCGCGAGACGUGGGCGGACGCGGUCGAGAGCGACCGGGCCGUCGCCGAGCCCGAGCGCCUCCUCCGCUUCCUGCUCCUGACCUUCGCCGACCUCAAGAACAGCGCGUUCCUCCACUGGUUCGCCUUCCCGACCCUCGGCAGCCAGGCCCUCUUCCGGCUUGUUUCCUCGAGACCGGCUUCCGCCGCCGCCCCCGGAGUCCUCCUCGGGGGCCCCGCAGACGCCGCCUCGGUGGUGCGGGGCCUCGCCGACCUGUGGGCCCGAUCCGUGGAGGGCACCGGGCGCCCCCACUGCCCUCCGUUCUUCGCCGUCGUGAAGGCCCCGCGGGGUGAUGGUGAUGGGGAGGAGGCGGCGGCGGGGUUGAGGGUGCUGUCGCUGCUGGAGUUUGAGAGGGAGAGGGCUGGCGGGGAGGUCGGCGACGACACGGUGGUGUUUGGGUUCGUGGACCCGUGCUCCGAGCCGGGAGGGAUGCCCGGGUGGCCCCUGCGCAACUUCCUGGUGCUGCUCUCGGCCAGGUGGGGCGUGAAACGGGCGAGGGUCCUCUGCUUUAGGGAGCAUGUGCCGCGCGCAUCGGCGGGGGCGGGAUCCGGCGGUGCUGCUGCUCCCACUACGGGCGGCGGGCCGAGUGUCCUCAGCCGGAGCGUCGUCCUCGACAUCGACCUCUCCGCGGCGCCUUCCGCUUCGGGAGGUCCCGGGGAGGCGGCGGCGGCGGCGGCGGUAAAGGCGGCGUGGCUCCCGGCACGUGUGGGGUCCCUCGGGUGGGAGCCGAACGCCGCCGGCCGCCCGGGGCCCCGAAUGUCGGACCUCAGCUCCGUGUUGGACCCGGCGAGGCUUGCCGAGAACAGCGUGCGGCUGAACAUCAAGCUCAUGCGCUGGAGGGCCCUCCCCGAGCUGGAUGUGGAGCUGCUGGCCGAGACAAAGUGCUUGCUGUUGGGAGCGGGCACGCUGGGCUGCGCCGUCGCCCGGUGCCUCAUGGGCUGGGGGGUUCAGCACAUCACCUUCGCGGACAACGGACGCGUGGCGUACUCGAACCCGGUCCGGCAGUCGCUCUUCACCUUCGAGGACUGCAAGGGCGGGGGCAAGUUCAAGGCGGAGGCGGCGGCGGCGGCCCUGUCGGCGGUGUACCCGGGGGCGAGGUCCUCGGGGCACGUACUGACGAUCCCGAUGCCCGGCCACCCGCUAACGACGCCGGCGGAGACCUCGCGGGCGAGGCGCGACGCUGAGAAGCUCGAGGAGCUCGUCUCCUCGCACGACGUGGUGUUCGUGGUGACGGACUCGAGGGAGUCCCGCUGGCUGCCGACGCUCCUCGCCGCCAAGCACGACAAGAUCUGCGUCAACGCCGCGCUCGGGCUGGACUCUUUCCUCGUGGUGAGGCACGGCGGGAGCCCGGACGACGGGGGAGGGGGGGAGGCUUCGACCGAGGGCAGCAGGAGAAAACAUCAGGCAGAGGCACCCGCGGUAGGGGCGCCGGCGUCACCCGCGAAGACGGCGGAGGAGUUAGAAUCAGAAAAGGCCCAAGCAUCCGCAGCAUCCGCAGCAGCGGCGUCAUCACCGGAAGCUGGAAUACCUGAGAGUGAGCCUAUGGCGCCGUCUUGCCCUCCCUGUCCCGAUGCCACCACCACGACAACAGCUGCCGCCGACUCCGCCGCUACGGCCGUCCGACGGGCGACGCCCCCCCGGCUCGGGUGCUACUUCUGCACGGACGUCGUCGCCCCCGAGAACUCCUCCCUGAACCGGACCCUCGACCAGCAGUGCACCGUAACCCGGCCGGGUCUAGCCCCGAUGGCGGCCGCCACCGCGGUGGAGAUGACCGUGGGGCUGCUCCACCACCCCCUUCGGCAGAGAGCGCCGGCGGACGACAGCGCCGGGAGAGCGAGGGGACUCGGGGCGGCGCAAGCGGCGGCGCAAGCGGCGGGGCAGGGCGGGGGGCAUCCCCUCGGCGCGUUACCACACCAGGUCCGUGGCUUCAUCGCGAGCUUCACCACCGUCACACCGUCCGCGCUAGCAUUUGACCGCUGCACGGCGUGCUCCAAGCCGGUGGUGGCGGCGCAUAGGUCCCAGGGGUGGGGCUUCGUGGAGAGUGCUUGCCAAUCCCCGAGCGUGUUGGAAGAGGUCUCGGGGCUUGAGGAGAUGCGCAAGGGCCUCGAUGCGUUGGACGUUGACCUCGAUUGGAGCGUGGGCGAUGAAUGGGAAAACGACGACGACGACGACGACGACGAUGUCGAUAAGAAGGAGGCAUAGCCAUAACCGGGACACCAGAAGAGCAUUCCAGGAGUUCGUACAGAGCAAAUGGACCACUGACGGCGACCAGACGGAAGCCUUGAUCCAUUCUUUGGUGGUGCCACAGAAAGCGAUCGGCGGGUGGGCGUGGAAGUAGCAUAGCAGCAGUGCUAGGAGUGUACAUUUCAACUUUUCUGCCAAGUCGCUCUUACAUCGACUACAUAAUAGCUACACAAAUCAUGUGGAGUCACUUUCGUCGCCCCGGGUUUUUUAGGUAUCACAAAAAAGCUGCCGGCGUCGAGGGCUGGUGGUGUAGUUCUUGAUUUGUGCUCUGCGGGCGCAACAAUGCCCGGCGGGAGAACCGAGCUGUAUUCGCCCGUCGCCCGUGUGACAGACACCGCGAUCGAUUUUCCUUUCAUUGAUUUUAUCAUGUUCACGGGGUACAAAGGGAUCAUUCGAAGUGGCGCCACCAUCGGAUUAACCUAUUUUCGUCUACAACGAGGGGUGGGUUGAGCGUUUUUGCCCUUAUUAGCUACCGUAUUUGUUGGACAAAUGUGUCUUUAAAGGUUGGUAUUUUUCAGCGGUGUGUUUUUUUCAGGCAGACACUUGAUUGAGUAUCCCUGGUCAAGAUGAUCCUGUGUAGGAUGUCAGUGUUGAUAAACACGGGCGUCGGAAUACGUCGCUCCCUAAGGUGGAACACUCGAAACUGUGGAUGAGAACACACGUAGUGCGUGUUUGUGCUUCCUCUACGUGUCAGCACGCUCCCCGAAUGUCAUCACCAAGAACUAGACACCCAGCAAGAAAUCUGGGCGUGACCACCGCGGCGGCAUAUACCGUCGAGAAUCGCAAAUCAGACGUCCCCGCCCGCCUACCGCCUCCCCCGGUCUGAUCCUUCCAACCACAUAGACCAAACAAAACGAUAGACAGUUGUCGUCUCCCAUCCGCUGCUGCUCUGAUCCGAAAUGGUGCUACAUGUACAGCGGUGCUUUCUGGAAGCGCGCAACACAGAGCACGGCAGGCGCUAGGAGCUUUUCCCCACACGGAGGUUGGCGACCCAUCGCCACUCCCUGCACACACCCAACCCCUAAACAAAGUUGAGCGAACCAUCCACAUACCGAUGCUGUUCGCCCCCCAUACCCACCCCAGUGGCGAGCCGCCCUCCGAACGCAUCCCCUACGAUAGGCUCUUGACGUCAACGCUAAUCGCUCCGCCGCAUAGGAAAGCCCCUGCCCCGCAUUCCCCCUCCCACACACGGCACGCUACCUAGGAGGCGAUCUUGUCGUGCAUCGCGUAGCAACGCCCACGGCAACCAGUCAGUCACACAUCCUACCCGACUGGGCCUGGAGCAAAGUUUGGCGAACCUCUUGACACAACAAAAGGCCUUCAGGGAUGAUCGAGGGGAUGAAAACGGUGCAAAACCAAACAAAGGAAGAGGGCGUGUAUUCCACGCGCUAUCCAACGUCCCAAAUCUUCAAGUUUCGCGGCGGGUUGUCCCCCCCCAACCCCCUACAGAGCAAGCUCCUCGCGGUACAACGGUUUGCUUUCCUCUGCAGACGACCAAACCGGUGGAACGCAA